AUGGAUGAGCAUCAGUUUGAGAUUUUUCUCCAAAGGCAAACUGAAAUGUUUGCGCAAAUGCUUCGAAAUAACGUGCCUGCUGCAGUGCAGGUUCCGGCCGCUAUUCCAGUUCCGCAACCGUCAUCCCUCUCACUAGAUGGAGACAUGGACGAAAACAUGGAUUUUUUCGACAGAAGCUGGACAGAUUAUGUCACUGCAACAGGAAUGGAUCAGUGGCCAGCUGCAGACAACCAUAAAAAAGUUAGCUAUCUCCUUUCUGUCAUAGGAGAACCUGCUAGGAAACGAUAUUUCAACUUCGAAUUGACGGAGGAAGAAAAAGCAAGCCCGGAAGCUGCUCUAAGGGCGAUCAGAAGUAGAGUUGUUGUCAAACGAAACAUUAUUAUCGAUCGUAUGGACUUCUUCUCGGCAAUACAAUCUUGCCGGGAAACCACAGACGAGUUUGUCACACGCUUGAAAACUUUAGCCAAGUUGGCUAAGCUGGGUAAUCUUGAACAAGAGUUUGUUGCGUUCAAAGUAGUUACAGCUAAUAAAUGGCAUCACAUGCGAUCCAAAAUGCUUUCGAUUGAAGACAUCUCAUUAUCCAAGGCUGUAGAUAUGUGUAGAGCAGAAGAAAUUGCAGCCAAACGAUCCCAAGAACUGGCAGUACCAGAAACUGUAAAUAAAUUACGUAAAGUCAGUAAGCCUGGAUUAAAAAACCUGCGGUGCAAGUUUUGCGGUGAACGUCACGAGUUUUCAAAAGGUUCAUGUCCAGCUCUAGAAAGUGAAGAGUCCUCUGAAGAUUCCGAGAAUAAGUAUGAAAUCGGUAAAGUGUAUGACAAUUCGGACAAUGGCGGAAGUGUUCUGGCGGAACUCGACCUCAAAUUUGGAAACGCCUGGAAAUCUGUGAUUUGUGAAGUGGACACUGGUGCUAACACUAGUUUGAUUGGGUAUAAUUGCUUGAAAAGACAUGUCUGUGAAGAUCCAGUGCUUUUACCGUCAAGCUUCCGUUUACAAAGCUUUGGUGGUAAUCCUAUUCGAGUUUUAGGCCAAGUGAAGAUACCGUGCCGUCGAAACGAAAAAAAAUACCGGUUAGUUCUUCAAGUGGCGGACGUGGAUCAUCGACCACUAUUGUCAGCAAAAGCGUCCCGAGAACUUGGAUUUGUUAAGUUUUGCAAAAAUGUUUCCUUUGGAGAGUCCAAAUCUGAAAAGCUGCUAAAUGUAUAUAGAGUUCAAGCAGAAAAGAUACUAGCGCUCCACGAUGGAAUUUUCAGCGGUUACGGCAAGUUUUCAGGUACGGUUUCGUUAGAAUUAGAUGAUAGCAUUCCUCCAUCAAUCCAACCACCAAGACGGGUCCCUAUAGCUAUGCGAAAUAAGUUGAAGCGAGAACUCGAAAAUCUUGAACGUGAAGGGUUGGUGGUGAAAGAAACAAGUCACACUGACUGGGUUAGCAAUCUUGUGAUCGUACAACGCAAUGGCCCAGAAUCGAGCGUAAGGAUUUGUUUGGAUCCAAUCCCCCUAAACAAAGCAUUGAAACGGCCCAAUCUGCAGUUUACCACCCUUGAUGAGAUACUUCCGGAGCUAGGUAAGGCAAGAGUUUUUUCAACCGCUGAUGCCAAGAAGGGUUUCUGGCACGUUGUUUUGGAUGAACCGAGCAGCAAACUUACAACGUUCUGGACUCCGUUCGGACGAUACCGCUGGACUCGACUACCGUUCGGUAUAGCUCCCGCACCGGAAAUUUUUCAGAUUAAAUUACAGGAGGUUAUUGAAGGAUUAGAAGGUGUUGAGUGUAUCGCUGACGACGUGCUGAUAUAUGGGGUUGGCGACACUCUAGAGGACGCUUUAAUCAACCACAACAUGUGUCUCGAAAAGCUGCUUGAGAGGUUGGAAUCAAAGAACGUGAAGCUAAACAAAUCCAAGAUGAAGUUGUGCCAGACAACGGUAAAAUUUUAUGGACACUUGUUAACCGAUGAAGGUCUCAAAGCUGAUGAGAGCAAAAUCCAGGCAAUUCGAAACUUUCCAGUGCCGACUAAUCGUAAGGAGAUUCAUCGCUUCAUUGGAAUGGUGAAUUACCUGAGCCGGUUCAUUAAAAGUCUUAGUGCAAAUCUUACAAAUCUUCGAAAGCUUAUUUCCAAAUCAGUACCUUGGAGAUGGACAAAGAUUGAAGCCGAUGAAUUCGAACAGGUUAAAGCGCUCGUAUCAGAUAUCGGAACACUUCGUUACUACAACGUCAAUCGACCUCUAACAGUGGAAUGCGACGCGAUAUGCUUCGCGUACGCUGUCUGCAACUGA